AAAUUGGGUAUUCCUCAAAAGUGUCUCUCAGUUUCGUCUUGCUUAGUGGUCUCUAGGUCAAGCCAAGUAGCCACUUCGAGAGAGAGAACGAUGGCGAGAGAUAUGGAUGCGGUGGAGAUAGUGGAUGUGGACGAGGAGGAGGAGGAGGAUGAGGAGGAGAAGGAGUGCGAGGACUGGUGCUUCGUCUGCAAAGAUGGUGGAAGCCUAAUGCUCUGUGACUACAAGGACUGUCCUAAAGUUUAUCAUGCCAGCUGCGUUGAAAAGGAAAAGGAUGUAAUGAACGGAGACUCGUUGAUCUGUAUGUGGCACACUUGCUACGUGUGUCGCAAGAGACCAAAGCUAUGCUGUUUUUGUUGCCCAAAUGCUGUGUGUGAAGGCUGUGUUACUUAUUCUGAGUUCAUUCACCUUAAAGAGGAUAAAGGAUUAUGUAAUCUAUGCCAGGAGUAUGUCUUUGCUUUAGAAGAGAUUCGAGAAUAUGAUGCUGCUGGGGAUAAGAUUGACUUGUCAGAUCGGAAUACAUGGGAGUGUCUAUUUCUUGAGUAUUGGGAAUUAGUGAAAAACCAAGAAGAUAUAACUUUUGACGAUGUCCGCGCUAUAAAGUCAAAGUCACGAAGGAAAGGUGUUAAGGUAAGGUACAAGGAUGAUCCCACGGUUGAGCUCGAGGAUGUCCACUCUUCAAAGUCACGAAAGAAAGGCAUCAAGCUUAAGGACAAAGAUGAUCCAAGAAUUUCAUUAACUCACCAUGCGGUUGAGGAUGCAGAAGGUUAUAAAACGAGGGGCAAAACAAAGAGAAUGGAGUUUAUCAGAUGGGGUUCAAAGCGCCUUAUUGAUUUCCUAACAUCCAUAGGGGAAGAUACCAGAGACGCUAUGUCACAAGACAUUGUGGAGUCAGUUAUCCGCAGAUACAUUAAUCAGAAUAACCUGCUCGACCAUGAAAAGAAGAAGAAAGUUCGUUGUGAUGAGAAGCUGUAUUCUAUCUUCAGGAAGAAGUAUGUGAAUCGAAAGAGGAUUCAUACACUUUUAAAUCGUCACUUCAAAGAGAAUCUUGAGCAGUUGGAGUAUAUCACACGUUUGGAAUGUGGCUUCAGUGAAAAGAAUGAAACAGUUUUAGUGCCUUGCAAGAAGCAGAAAACAGAAAGGUCAGAUGAGGAAAUUUGUGAAAAAGAAGUAAAACCUGAAAUGCGGUCAACUGGUUUGGCCACCAUCAAUGCAGAUAAUAUACAGCGUGUGUAUCUACGGAAGAGCUUAGUCGUAGAGUUAUUGAAGCAGAAUGAGAAGUUUGAGGACAAAGUGGUGGGAAGCUUUGUGAAAGUAAAGAAUGACCCUAGGGACCGUGUGGCGUACCAGAUCUUGCAGGUUACAGGCAUUAAAACUGCUGAUGACCAGGGGAUCUUUCUUUAUGUUGCUGGCAUGGAAUGUGAUGUUAGCAUUUCCAAGUUGGAAGAUUCUGACAUAAGCAAGGAGGAGAUUGAAAAUUUGAAGCAAAAAGUGAUGAAAGGCCUCCUGAGACAGCCAACUGUUGUUGAAAUGGAGCAGAAGGCUAAGGCUCUCCAUGAGGAUAUAACAAAACAUUGGAUUGCAAGGCAGCUUAUCAUUCUGCAGAAACGCAUCAACUAUGCUAAUGAGAAAGGAUGGAGAAAAGAAUUAGAUGAGUAUUUAGAGCAGAGAGAACUUCUCCAAAAACCUCUAGAGCAGGAGAGGUUAUUAAGAGGAACACCAAGGAUCAUCGAAGAACUCAUCGAGAUUGAACAAGAACAAGCUGCAUCCUCAGAUAGCAGCAAACAAGGGAAUAUCAGCGGUCUGUCUCAGGAGACGGCGAUAGAUAUCGACUGAGUGACCAAGAUUCUGCAGGAUCUUCAAGAGGAAGACGAUUGUUUUUUCUUGUACAUAUGUUUUUGUUCGGCGGAUAGGAAAUGAUAAUGGAAGUUAUAUCUUUCCAUUAGAACUUAAGAAACUUGGCUAAUACCUAAAAAGCUCUUCUUUUGGUGAUGACAGGCUUUUGGAUGAUGGUCUCAUGUAUGUAAUAUGCUAGUGACAUGGCAUGCUUCAUUUCCAUGUAUCUUGCUAGUGACAUGUCCUGCUAUCUAGUGUUGCUGAAUUUAAGUCCAAA